UUCUAUGUAGCAUCUGUAAACUUUGCUGAGGUAAGAGAAAUUGUUUCUUGCUAUUUUAAUAAGAAAAUACUUGUUUACUGAUUUUUGACUUAUAAAAAUUACUUUAUAAUACUAAUUACAUCAUAUUACAUUAAUAAAAUGCAAAGAAUAUAAAAUAUUUGUGAUUAUUUAAGUUAAAAUGUGUAUAUGCCAUGUGGUCACAUAACCACAAUUUUCUUUAACAUCAUAUGAUUAAUUAUAUCGAAUUUUUACACAAGUAAAAUUCAUGUUUUAUAAAUAUUUAUGAAAUAAAUAAAAUAUAUAAAACAAAUGAAAUAAAAAAAACUAACAUGAUGAUAAAACAAAACGUCUGAUAAUCUGAGAACUACACAGAAGCUAGAAAUAGCAGAACCCAUCUGUGUACAGAUUAUGAGAUUAUACAUUACACGAAUGUGUAGUCUGAUUUUAAUCUUUAUGAAAAUAUCUUGCAACAAUAAUAGUAAAGUAUAUUUAAGUAAGUUUUUUUUAUUUUUAGUCCUUAAACGUUCCCUAUACACACUUCAAGAUGGGUAGGGAGGACAAGGCAACAUGGAAAUCCAAUUAUUUUACAAAACUUGUUGUAAGUAUUCCAGAUGUUUUACUGAGGUGUUUUAAUUAAUAUAUUUAGAUCAUUUCUAUAUUCUUUUCUAUAUAUCUUUAUGUAGCAACUAUUGGAUGAUUAUCCAAAAUGUUUUAUUGUGGGUGCUGACAAUGUUGGUUCUAAACAAAUGCAACAAAUCCGUAUGUCUCUUCGUGGGAAUGCUGUUGUAUUAAUGGGAAAAAACACUAUGAUGAGGAAAGCUAUUCGUGGUCAUAUCGAACGUAAUGCUGCCCUUGAAAAACUUCUUCCGCAUAUUCGUGGAAAUGUUGGUUUUGUUUUUACACGUGGAGACUUAAUCGAAGUAAGAGACAAACUAUUGGAAAAUAAAGUCAGAGCACCAGCCAGAGCAGGUGCUAUUGCACCAUUAAGUGUAAUUAUUCCUGCACAAAACACUGGUCUUGGUCCUGAAAAAACAUCAUUCUUCCAAGCUUUGAGCAUUCCUACCAAGAUUUCUAAGGGUACUAUUGAAAUUAUUAAUGAUGUACAUAUUUUAAAACCAGGAGAUAAAGUAGGUGCAUCUGAAGCCACUCUUUUAAAUAUGUUGAACAUUUCUCCAUUUUCAUAUGGUUUACUUGUUGAACAAGUCUAUGAUUCAGGUACUAUUUUUGCACCUGAAAUUUUAGAUAUCAAACCAGAAGAUCUACGUGAAAAAUUUAUGGCUGGAGUGGCAAAUUUGGCUGCAGUAUGUUUAGCUAUUGGCUAUCCUACAAUAGCUAGUGCACCCCAUAGUAUUGCUAAUGGAUUCAAAAAUCUGUUGGCAAUUGCUGCUGUGACGGAUGUUGAAUUCACAGAAGCAGCUACAAUUAAGGAAUACAUCAAAGAUCCAAGUAAAUUUGCUACUGCUGUUGCUGUUUCUGCACCAGCUGCUACUGCUGCUGCUGCAGAAGCACCAGCUGCAGAAAAAAAAGAAGAAAAGAAACAAGAAUCUGAAUCAGAAGAUGAAGAUAUGGGAUUCGGUUUAUUUGACUAAAAUACAGAUGUACAUACAUAUGUAUGUAUGUAUUAUUAUAUGAGUAAUUAUGUAUUUUAAUAAAUCAAAACUUUACGGUGAUUCGUAACAAACAUAGCAUAUCAA